CGCAGCGCCUGGCGGCAGACCGGCAGAGACCGAGUUGCUCGCGGGAGGAGAGACUUCAAAGUGUCUCGCGCCGCUCCUCUCCGGGUCCGCGCGGGCUGCUGCCAGGAUACAGGAGCGAAGCGGCGCGUGGGGAUUUCACAUUACAAAGUGCGGGUGGAGGACGGCGUGACACCGCGACUGCGGAGCGUGGAGAGCGACCAGAUGGUGUUUCUGUGGGACUCCAAGUACGACCCCGCGCCUGCCCGGCGGUACACGCCUCCCUCCACGUCCCUGUCCUCGGGGGGGAAGAUGUCUGAGGCCCUGCCGCUGGGAGCCCAGGAGGCCGCCCGGGGGGCAGCGCUGGUGGGCAAACUGCGCAUGGGUGAGCGCAUGGUGGAGGUGAUCACCGACCAUCCCAGCGAGCUGGUGAAGACCGACAGCCCCAACUUCCUGUGCUCCAUGCUGCCCACCCACUGGAGAUGCAACAAGACGCUGCCCAUCGCUUUCAAGGUGGUCGCCCUUGGCGACAUCCCUGACGGCACCUUGGUGACGGUGAUGGCAGGAAACGACGAGAACUACUCGGCCGAGCUUCGCAACGCCACUGCGGCCAUCAAGAGCCAAGUAGCCAGGUUCAAUGACCUGCGCUUCGUUGGGCGCAGUGGGAGAGGAAAGAGCUUCACUCUGACCAUCACCGUUUUUACAAACCCUCCCCAAGUGGCUACGUACCAAAGAGCCAUUAAAAUCACUGUGGACGGACCCAGAGAGCCCCGACGCCACCGUCAGAAGCUGGACGAGGUCAAAGCCGGCUCCCUGGCUUUUUCCGAAAGGCUGACGGAGCUGGAGCAGCUGAGACGAACCUCCAUCAGGGUGACCCCUCCCCACCACCAUCACCACCACCACCACCCCCACCAGCCCUCUGCCGGCAGCCGCCAGUCUGUUGCUCUCAGCUCGGCCAACUUCUCCAGCCCCACACACACUCAGAUAGCUGCAGAGUCCAGACAGAUGCAGUCAUCUCCAUCUUGGUCCUAUGAACAAUCAUAUCCUUACCUUGGCCAGAUAACAACUUCCAGUGUCCACGCAGCCAGUCCGCUUUCACCUGGUCAUUCUUCACUAAGCGACCUGUCUUCGCGGCUAACAGGUCCUGACAUUGCCGCCUUUGGUGACCCGAGGAUGGCCUUAGAACGGCCUUUUACCUCAUUAACGUCCCUUCCUGACACUCGUUUCUCUGACCCCCGUGUGCACUACCCUCCUACAGCAGCUGCUUUUACCUACAACCCAACUCAUAACACCGUCUCGAAUGGCGCCCUCGGUAUCACCAUGGCAACGGCCAUGGCAACCACACCGACGGGCAGGUACCAUACCUACCUCCCGCCUCCCUACUCUGCAAACACACCGCAUCAGACUCAAAAUGCCCCCUUCCAGUCGACGUCCUCGCCGUACCACCUCUACUAUUCCGCCACCACCGGCUCGUACCAGUUUUCAAUGAUGGCAGGGGGGGGAGGCGGCAGCGACUCACGGACACCACCGAGGAUUCUGCCGCCCUGCACCAACGCCUCCACAGGCUCCUCCCUUCUGCACCCCUCACUACCCAACCAAAACGAAGGGGUAGAUGUUCAAGUGGAGUCCAGCCACAGCAGUUCUCCCAACAACAUGGCUGCAGGUGAAGCUGUCUGGAGACCAUACUGAGCUGUUGAGGUGGAGGUCAUGUAACAGCAGACACUUGGAGACUAAGAUCCAACUAACAUCAUUACAGCCCACUGAGUCACAAUCAGUGGCUUCCGAAUAGACUGGGGCCUCACAGUAACUAACCCUUAUGUUAAUAGCAAGAGCAUACAACAAAAUAUCACCAAAAAAACUUUUAAACACAAAGAUCGUUUUGUUCUUCCUCCUUCCUUCCUUUUGGGUUUGUCGUUCGACAGCACCUUUCAGAACCAUUCCAGAUGUGUUCGCAUGCUGCAGAUGUAAUAAAAAACAAAACGAAA